GACCAGAGGGCCAUAUUCAGCCACCACCAGGACACCAUCAUGGAGCUCCGCAGAGUCUGGCGACCGGAGGGCCGUUGUCCUCCAGCGUCGGGGCCGGCCAAGCCGUGAUCGCUGGCUCGGCUCAACCAGGAACCCUCCAAAACGCUGCACCUCCUAAUACCAACGUCCUCCUCGACCUCGACCCGGAUACAUUGCCGAGUAAUAUGAAGAAAGAAGGCGUCGAUUGGAUGACGAUGUUCAAUCCGAAGGUCAAAAAAGUGCUCGAUGUUGGAUUGGUUCAUACCCUUGUUCAUGAUAGCGUGGUAUGUUGCGUCAAGUUCUCUCCCGAUGGAACUAUCUUAGCUACCGGUUGCAACCGGUUCACGUCGCUCUAUAACACGCGCACUGGCUCGAAAAUUUGUCAACUUUUGGACGAUACCCAUGGUACCCAAGUCGCUGAUAACUACAUCCGUAGUGCGUCGUUCAGCCCGGAUGGCAAGUUCUUGGCAACAGGCUCAGAAGAUCGGAUCAUCAGGAUUUGGGAUGUAGCUCAGAAGCGGAUCGUCAAUCGAUUCCAGGGACACAAGUCGGAGAUCUAUUCGCUAGCAUUUUCGCCCGAUGGACGGAUGUUAGUGUCGGGGUCGGGGGACAAGACGGCGCGGAUAUGGGACAUGAAUGUGGGGAACUGUCUAUUCCAUCUGAUGAUCGAGGAGAGUGGGGGAGCGGAUUCGAGUCCGGUGGAUGCGGGGGUGACGUCGGUGUGUGUGUCACCGGACGGGAGUCUAUUAGCGGCCGGCUCAUUAGACACGGUCGUGCGACUCUGGGACACCACCAAUGGGCAACUGUUGGAUAAACUGAAGGGGCACAAGGAUUCGGUCUAUUCGGUCGCCUUCUCCCCCGACGGCAAGUUCCUCGUCUCCGGAAGCCUCGAUAAAACGCUCAAGCUCUGGGACCUGGCCACCCUCAAUCGCGAGGGCAAUCCGCCGUUUAACGGACUCGUCAAGAAGGAGGACCCCGCGAAUUCGGCUUCUUCUUCCCUCCCUAAUCCUCCCGCUAUCGAACGCGGUGAGAACGGCGAAAAGAUCACGAGCGAUCGCGGCUUCGAUUCCUCCCGUCCCUCUACUACUUGUACUACCACUCUGAUCGGCCAUAAGGAUUACGUCUUGUCGGUGGCAGUCUCGCCCGACGGUGAAUGGAUCAUGUCGGGCUCCAAGGACAGGGGGGUUCAGUUCUGGGACCCCAAGACGGCCAUGCCUCAGUUCAUGUUACAGGGCCACAAGAACUCCGUCAUCUCGAUCGCAGUCUCUGAGUCAGGCGGCCUCUUGGCUACUGGAUCAGGCGAUUGGCAUGCGAGGAUUUGGUCCUAUGAACGGAUCGCUAAGAAAUAAUUUAUCCCCUUCUUUUUUUUGGUUUGGUUUGGUUUUUUUUUUUGGACGGGCCGGCGGGCAGGCGGAAGAGGGUGGGUGCAGGGUGAUGAGAGAUUCUAUGAAUAAAAAAAAAGACAAAGAAGGAGGAGGGGUGGGGUCUUUCUUCUUAUAUCCUCUCGUUUAUGUAUAUGUUGUUUGCGCUCUUUUUCAUGAAUUUGUUUGUUUGGAGAAUACUACAACAACAACAAAACAAAAACUCAAUGAUUGAAUGAUUGAAUUACUCUAUGAAAGAUUAUCAAGAAGUUGGGUGUGGGUAGGUUGUUAUUGGCUGGCUAUGAUUGGUUGUCUUCUUACUCUUCCUGUCCUUUCCUUUCCUUUUGUUAGAAGAAUCCAAAACAAAAAAAACAAAAUGGGGGUGGGAGUUUUGUGGGUGUGAAGAGGAGGUAUUGAACCC